GUUAAGCCACCACCACCACCACCACCAUGACUAUCACCACCACCACUUUGAGACCCCCAGUUGUGCGCGGUCCCUCACCACCAUAAGUUCUAAGCACCGGCACAGCACCAGCACCAGCACCUCUUCGAUUACGGCCGCUCUUGUUACGGCUACCGCGGCCUCUUAGCUGAGCGACACGCCCCGAAACUCUCCAGGCGUCAACAUGCGGCUCUUCGUCCUGUCCUUGACGCUGCCGCGGCUGCCACUGCUGCUGAUGCUACUGCUGCUGGCCUCCGACGCCGCCUCCCAAGGCCCCGCAAGAGGCAGUGCCACAGACACAACAACACACACACCCACAGACACUCUCACAGACACACCCACAGACACUCCCACUGACACUCCCACAGACACACCCACAGACACUCCCACAGACACUCUCACAGACACACCCACAGACACUCCCACUGACACUCCCACAGACACACCCACAGACACUCCCACAGACACACUCACAGACACUCCCACAGACACACCCACAGACACUCCCACAGACACUCCCACAGACACACCCACAGACACUCCCACAGACACUCCCACAGACACACCCACAGACACUCCCACUGACACUCCCACAGACACUCCCACUGACACACCCACAGACACUCCCACUGACACUCCCACAGACACUCCCACUGACACUCCCACAGACACUCCCACUGACACUCCCACAGACACUCCCACUGACACUCCCACAGACACUCCCACUGACACACCCACAGACACUCCCACAGACACACCCACAGACACUCCCACUGAUACUCCCACAGACACUCCCACUGACACUCCCACCGACACUCCCACUGACACUCCCACAGACACUCCCACAGACACACCCACAGACACUCCCACUGACACACCCACAGACACUCCCACUGACACUCCCACCGACACUCCCACAGACACACCCACAGACACUCCCACUGACACUCCCACAGACACUCCCACUGAUACUCCCACAGACACUCCCACUGACACUCCCACAGACACUCCCACAGACACACCCACAGACACUCCCACUGACACACCCACAGACACUCCCACAGACACACCCACAGACACUCCCACUGACACUCCCACUGACACACCCACAGAUACUCCCACAGACACACCCACAGACACUCCCACAGACACACCCACAGACACUCCCACUGACACACCCACAGACACUCCCACUGACACACCCACUGACACUCCCACAGACACUCCCACAGACACACCCACAGACACUCCCACUGACACUCCCACUGACACUCCCACAGACACUCCCACAGACACGCCCACAGACACUCCCACUGACACUCCCACAGACACACCCACUGACACUCCCACAGACACUCCCACUGACACACCCACAGACACUCCCACUGACACACCCACAGACACUCCCACUGACACUCCCACUGACACUCCCACUGACACACCCACAGACACUCCCACAGACACACCCACAGACAUUCCCACAGACACUCCCACAGACACACCCACUGACACUCCCACAGACACACCCACAGACACUCCCACAGACACACCCACAGACACUCCCACAGACACACCCACAGACACUCCCACUGACACUCCCACAGACACUCCCACAGACACACCCACAAACACUCCCACAGACACUCCCACUGACACUCCCACUGACACUCCCACAGACACACCCACAGACACUCCCACAGACACUCCCACUGACACUCCCACAGACACACCCACAGACACUCCCACAGACACACCCACAGACACUCCCACAGACACUCCCACUGACACACCCACAGACACUCCCACAGACACUCCCACAGACACACCCACAGACACUCCCACAGACACUCCCACUGACACACCCACAGACACUCCCACAGACACACCCACAGAACCACCUACUGACCCUCCCACAGAACCACCCACAGAACCACCCACAAAACCACCCACUGACCCUCCCACAGACCCUCCCACCACGGUUGCACCUCUAGACCUGUUCAGACUGACGGAGGAUCAGCUGCAGCUCAUCAGUGAUAUCCUGGACAAGUUCUACGAGCUGGUGAAGACCUUUUCUAAAGGGUCGUCUGCCGCGCGGCACGUACGGGGCAGCCGCGUCCACCCUGCGGCGUGGUGGCGCGCGGAGACGGCGCGCCCUCGGGAGACCCUCACCUUCUGUAAGGAAGCCGCUCAAGAUGAUGGUCAGUGCCACCAGCUGGAGAAGGAACUUGAGGAGACGAACGCCUUGGUGGCCAAGCUGGAGAACAACGUGGACACCUGGACGGAGUCUGACCUGACGGACCUGACGAAGCAUCGGGAAAACCUUGACGGGAUCUACGUAGAGGUCUAUGAUAAACCUGAGACCUUCCAGGAGGAGGUCAUCGUGGAUCAAUUCACAAUAGUCAUUGAAGAAGUGCACACGACCGUUGAAAAAGGAUCCACCGCUGUCCAGGGGAAGAUCGAUCAGUUGCAAUCCGACCCCGACGGGGGUUCUGUGGUUCUGGUGGCCGUCCUUGGCACCCUCGGCGGCCUCAUGAUUGUGGCUCUCGUCGGGGUCAUGGCCUACAGGUUUGUCAAGAAGCCCAAGACCAAGAAGGAGACGCCCGAUACUUCCUACGACAAGGUGCAGCAGGAAAACAUCCCUAUUACAACACUAUCCCAGGAAGGCCCAGCACCCCGCCAGGCCCCGAGAAUGGACCCUUAUAGCCAAGCCCCACCUCCCCCGCAGCGAAGGGACCCUAGCUACGCCACACCCUAUGGUCCUAGAAGUGAAACCAACUACGGGCCGAGGAGCGAGUCGAACUAUGGGUCCAGGAGCGCGUCGAACUAUGGGUCCAGGAGCGAGUCUAACUACGGGCCCAGGAGCGAACCGAGGCAAGGAGGGCUACCCCGCACCGACCCAGGACAAGGACUUCCCAGAAUACGCCUAUAAGGGCUUCCACGGCAGCUUUUGAUUCUAAUUAUCUUGCUUUUGGGGUGUUCUGUACGUUAUUGAUAGUGAAGCCACAGGUUGGCGAGAUCGGUUUUGAGUUGGUUUUCCAUGAGUCCAUUCCUGCCUUCCGCUUCGCCACAACGUCUCAACACCUAUCUCUACCAACGUUGCCAGACUGUCGUACUCAGCCGUUUAUAUCUCCCGACUUCCUACCCCAAAACUGUCUUCUGGGCUCCAAUAACGAAACUCAUUUAUUGUUAUCGUUAAAAGAGUUAGAUCCUGAUGUUUCUUGGCAAUACUUAGGCGUCAGAAACCGGUAAAUACCAUGCUCUGAUGUUAGAUCCUGAUGUUUCUUGGCAAUACUUAGGCGUCAGAAACCGGUAAAUACUAUGCUCUGAGUACGAUAAUCUGGCAAUGGUGAUCUCUACCUGUCUUUGUCUAGCUAUCUUCAAUCUCGCCAAUCUGGUUUUACUAAUAGUGGUACUUGAUGUUGCUUGAAUACCCAACUUAAACCAUUACCUGAAACACAUCUUAAUCAUCUGUCUAAGUGCUGGCAGCCCAAGAAACACACCUUGAGGCCGUCUACUCGAGUGUCCUUAUCGUUAUUUAGGUUACCUCCUUCCUCCUUUCUCUCACAUCUCCCCUUCUGAGUUUUUCUUUGUUUGUUCCUCAUCGAAAGCAAGGGUUCAGCGGUGACGUCAUUUCCCUUCACCGUCUGUCAUGUGACUGGUCAGAUGGGUCCUAUUUUUAAACAUUUUCGCGGCCAAGCACACAUAUUCGACAAGGCUUUCGUAGGAGUUUUGGGCAUGUCCAGGGUUAGUUUUAUGACCAUUCUGGUAAUUUGAUCGUUCUUCUGUGCCUUGAACCUACAGAAACAUUUACUGAACCCGUUUGAUCUCCUUUUCGGCCUCUGGAAUUAGUUGAUGUGAGAGUCGGAAGUGUUAGGGAAGAGCGGCCUCCAGCGCCUCCAGUCUUGAUUUGCCGUAACCCGAUUAGCCGGCACCGACCCCCCCCCCCCCCCCCCAUCACACGUCUCAUAAUUAUGCACAAUGUUAUAAUUAGCUCGCCACUCAUUCUCUGCACCUCGUAUAUGAAGAAGAAUAAAUGUAUGCACAAAAGAGCGAAAAAUGUACAGUAUUAUUAUUAUUUUAUCUAAAUAAAUAAAGCCAUAUCUGUAAAUACA